UCUGGACCUGUGUUGUUUACAUCUUGUAAAUAAACGCAUGCGUCAUAUCAGCCACGUGGGCUGUGUAAAAGGAUACACAGUGGUUCCUAUUGGUCCAAAUUCUCGCGACGUCACGUGACGUGCUCCUCCUCUUCCCUUUCCGUGCGCGAGCAGCGGCAUUUUCCCGCGAACUCUCAGCUCCAUAAAUACCUCAGCAGAGCAGAGCAGCGCUGGGUCUGUUGGAAUGGAAUAUAGAUUAAUUAUUUUUUUAGAAUAAUUUCACAACAUAUUGCACAACACCCCUUUGGGAGACAUGGCAAAGCAAAUUUCCCUCUUUAAUUUCUUCACAAAGUCGCCUCCACCCGCGCCGAAGGCCAAAUCCAACCCUUCUCCGGUGGAGGCAGAUGCAGUGAGGAGAUCCAACACCUCACCUAAAGAACAAGCCAACAUCAACGGCAAGAAAACACCAGCAAAACCGGCCAAAUCUCAAGUUAAAGCUGGACACGCGAAACUGUUCGGGGAGAAAGCAAACACUGCAAAGGAGAGAAAACAGUCAUGCAUGUUUAGUGCUGGCACACUGGUAUGGGCCAAGAUGGAAGGACAUCCCUGGUGGCCCUGUAUGGUUGUUCCUCAACCUCUCAGCGGACAGCAGAUGAGGGGCCGUGGCCGAGACCAAAGGCUUCACGUUCACUUUUUCGAUGAACCACCAACCCGAGGCUGGGUUAACACUAAAUACAUAAGAGAGUACCAAGGCUCUAAUAGCGCAGAUGCCAAAUCGGGAGGCGUGUUCUUCAGCGGUAAGCCUGUGAUACGUAAAGCAAUGGAGCUGGCAGAUGCUGCAAUGAAGCAGAAUCCUGAGCAGAGACUGAAGAUUCCCGUGUGCAUGGAUCCCUCCGAUGAAGAGGAUGAUGUUGAGGAUAUGGAGGUUGAGAAAUCAACUCUAACAGAUGAGGAAACGACUGAGGAAGAGGCUGAAGAAAAGGUGAAACCCAGCCGGCGUUCAUCUCGUGCCGCGGCUGAAAACGGUCAGAAGUCGAAGCGUCGGCGCAUCGUGGUGGCAUCUGACAGCGAUGACUCCGGUGAAGAGUUCAAUCCCGAGCAAGCAACAGUAAGCAGUGACGAGGAGGUAGUGAGUAGCGGGGCUGAGGAAGAAGAAAGCAAGCAGGAGCCCGAACCAGAACCAGAAAGCCCGGUGAAACCGGUCAAGCGCAAACGUCCUUUAGAGAAGCCCGUUAAAUCACAGACCCCAAAACGAGCGCCUGCAACUUCACCAUCCGUGACGUCCAACACCAAAUCUCGGCUCUCUGCUUUCUCUGCCCCAGACAACUUCGAAAGUCAGAGUACCAGUGCAAACGGUACAGAGGGAGGAUCUACUGUGUGGGACCAUGAGAAACUCGACUGGUUGAUGGACGGCAAGAGAAAGGAUGCGCAGCGUAAACGACAAUCUGAUAAAAACUACGACCCCACGACUCUAUAUGUUCCCGAUGAUUUCCUGAACAGGACAACGCCUGGAAUGCGCCGCUGGUGGCAGCUGAAGUCUGAGAUGUUCGAUACCGUUUUGUUCUACAAAGUCGGAAAGUUCUACGAGCUCUACCAUAUGGACGCGGUGAUUGGCGUCAACGAACUCGGCCUUACCUUCAUGAAGGGCACUUGGGCCCAUUCAGGCUUCCCCGAGAUUGGCUUCGGGCGCUUCUCAGACGUCCUCGUGCAAAAGGGCUACAAAGUGGCUCGUGUGGAACAGACCGAGACCCCUGAUAUGAUGGAGGCACGAUGCAAGAAAAUGUCGCGUCCCACCAAAUUCGACCGCGUCGUCAACCGAGAGGUUUGCCGAAUCAUCACGCGAGGGACUCAGACGUACAGCGUGCUUGACGGCGCCCCUUCUGAAACUCAAAGUAAAUACCUGUUGAGCAUUAAAGAGAAGAGCGAGGAGGACAGUGCAGGCCAUUGCCACAUCUACGGGGUUUGUUUCAUUGACACGUCGGUGGGGCGCUUCCAUAUCGGCCAAUUCCGGGAUGACCGCCAUUGUUCCCGUUUGCGUACUCUGGUUGCGCACUAUUCUCCCGCCCAGGUUGUUUUCGAGAAGGGCAAUCCUUCAACCGAGACAUUGAAAAUCUUUAAGGCCAUCUUGGCCUCCACUUUACUCGAAGGCCUCAAUGCUGGUUCGCAGUUUUGGGAUGCCCAGAAGACCUUAAAGGUCCUUGCUGAGGAAGACUACUUUAAAGAGAGCAAUGAUGAAAAGGCGGCAUCAGUGCUUCCUCCAACUCUCAAAGCCAUGACGUCCGAAUGUGACGCUCUAAGUCUCACUCCAAAGACGGGUUAUGAACUCGCUCUUUCCGCCCUUGGCGGCUGCAUGUUUUACCUCAAGAAAUGUCUAGUGGACCAGGAGCUUUUUUCCAUGGGCAACUUUGAGGAGUAUGUUCCUGUCGAUGUGGAGAUGGAGCAGGCUGGGGGAGCGUCUUGUUUUUUUGCCCAGACCCAUCAAAAAAUGGUUUUGGAUGGAGUGACCCUUGCUAACCUUGAGAUCUUUCAGAAUGGCUCGACCGGCGGUCCUGAGGGAACCCUACUUGAGCGAUUGGACACGUGUUGCACUCCCUUCGGCAAGAGGUUGUUGAAGCAAUGGCUCUGCGCCCCUCUUUGUAAUCCAUCCUCCAUUGGGGAUCGUUUAGAUGCUCUGGAGGACCUGAUGGGCGCUCCAUCUCAAGUGACCGAAGUCACCGACCUGCUAAAGAAGCUUCCGGAUCUCGAAAGGCUACUUAGCAAGAUCCACAGCAUGGGUACUCCUCUUAAAGGACAAGACCACCCGGACUCCCGAGCCGUCCUGUACGAGGAGGUCACCUACAGCAAACGUAAGAUCGCAGACUUUCUCGCUGCACUCGAGGGUUUUAAAGUUAUGAAAGAAAUCGUGUCGAUCAUGAAGCCCGUCGCCGAAGGCUUCCGCUCGAAACUAUUGCGCCGAGUGUUGCUCCUCAAGACGGAAAAUGAAGACGGGCUCUUCCCCAAACUUUCGCCAGAGCUCAAACGUUGGGACAAAGCUUUCGACCAUCAGAAAGCUCGAACCACAGGUGUCAUAACUCCAAAAGCUGGCUUUGAUCCGGAGUACGACCAAGCCCUAGGUGGAGUUAAAGAUUGUGAGAAAGACCUGCAGGAAUACCUGGACCGACAGAAGAAGAGAUUGGGCUGUAAGAACCUAUCCUACUGGGGAACGGGAAGGAACCGCUACCAGCUGGAAGUCCCCGACAGUGUUUCCGAGAGGAGCGUGCCGGAGGAGUACGAGGUGAGGUCCACUAAGAAGGGCUGGAAGCGUUACUCCACCAAAGAGAUCGAGCGGCUGUUUUCAGAGAUGCAGAGCUGGGAAGACAAAAGAGACGCAGCGCUUAAGGACUGCAUGAGAAGACUCUUCUACAAUUUCGACAAGAAUUACAAAGACUGGCAGACCGCCGUUGAGUGCAUGGCUGUACUUGAUGUGCUGUUGAGCAUGUCCCGGUACAGUCAGAGCGGAGACGGGCCCAUGGCGAGACCGGAGAUGGUUCUUCCGGGUGAUGGGUCUCAGUCGCACCCCUUCCUGGAUCUGAGAGCGUCCCGUCACCCUUGUGUCACCAAGACCUUCUUCGGUGAUGACUUCAUUCCCAAUGACAUCUUCAUCGCUUGCCCUAGCGGUGAAGAAGAGGGUCAAGAUAAUGAUAAAGCACUUGCCCCAUGUGUGUUAGUCACCGGGCCAAACAUGGGAGGCAAGUCCACCUUAAUGAGACAGUGUGGUCUGGUGGUGAUCUUGGCCCAGCUGGGCUGUUACGUUCCUGCUGAGAGUUUGCGUCUCACUCCUGUGGACCGAGUGUUCACUCGUCUUGGCGCCUCUGACCGUAUAAUGUCAGGUGAAAGUACGUUCUUUGUGGAGCUCAGCGAGACUGCUAGCAUACUUUUGCACGCCACCAACCACUCCCUCGUCCUGCUCGAUGAACUGGGCCGAGGUACGGCCACGUAUGACGGCACAGCCAUCGCGAGCGCAGUGGUGAAGGAGCUGUCGGAGAAGAUCUGCUGUCGGACCCUGUUCUCCACUCAUUACCACUCGCUGGUGGAGGAGCACGCCCAGGACCCCGCCGUGAGACUCGGACACAUGGCCUGUAUGGUGGAGAAUGAAUGCGAGGACCCCAGUCAGGAGACCAUCACCUUCCUCUACAAGUUCAUCUGUGGCGCGUGUCCCAAAAGUUACGGCUUCAACGCAGCGCGCUUGGCAAACAUCCCGGAGGAAGUCAUCCAGUCGGGCCAUAAGAAGGCCCGUGAGUUUGAGAGGAGCACCGUGUCUCUCAGGAUAUUCAAGAAACUGUGGUCAUUGGCUGAAGCCUCGUCAGCUGAUCGGGAGCAGUUCUCAGCGCUGGUUCAGAUGAUCGGCAGCCUGUGAUGAGAAAACCUUUUGUUUUGAGCACUUCAGUUCACUAUUCCAUGAGUUAUUUUUCACCACAUAUAAAGCAAGCAGGCAUCUCACUACUGAAAUGAUCUAAUAAAGUUUAUUUUUAAAAAUGUAACACGUUCCUCUGACUAGGAAAUUAAACUUUUGAUUAAUUACUACCAGCUACAUAAUGGUUAUUGAGUACUUCACAAUAUAUUAAGUCUAGAUGUCAUGGAACAUGCAUACAAUUCAGGCUGUAUGAGAACCCACAGUCACCAAAUACAGUUGGAUGGAGGGGGAAAGCACAAAAAAAGCUGUACAGAUAUUCAUCAGAGCUUCAAAUAAGCAAGAAGCCUCUUAAAAUCUCCAGCAACGUCACGCCGGCUCGCGGCAUUCAGGGGGAAAUGGGGCAGGAACGCGAGUCUGGUGUCCUGCGUUUACUUUUUUAGUCUUUCCUGAUGUCAUCCAAUCAGGAUAAAGGGGCGGGGACAUUAUUUAAAUCACUUGGGCCAAAUCGUUACCAGCAUCCUGGUGACUUAAAAACUUUUAUAUCACUUGGACACUUUCCCUUCAGACUCAAAACAUUGCUGGAGAAUACUUAGUGUUUCUUUCUCUUUUCUUCUUUUUUUCCUUUUUUUCAUCAAAUCUCUUUCACAGAAAGAACAUACAUCCUGCGACAUGAGAACAAAUACAGCAAAUCUAAGGUAUAAACAACCCCAAAAUUAAUAUACUUAAUAAAAUAAAAAGACAUUCAAGUACAUUUAAGAUUUUUGCUUGAAAAUACAAAACUACAUGAGAAAGCAUUAAAAUCAAACCUCAAUAACUCAGUCUUUAAAAAAACAAA